UCUUCGCUCCCUUGCCGUGGAUGAUUCAUUUUCCAGCGGCGGCGGCUGGGGCAUCGCCGUGGAGCCAGCGCGGAGGGCAGCCGGCGGAGGAAUCGGAACCAAAAUUAUUCAUCCACUUCUCCAAGCCUUUUGAAAAGUGACUAAAUGCAACUGAGUCAGACUGUCUGUGGGAAUGAAGUGGCUGGGAGAAUCCAAGAACAUGGUGGUGAAUGGCAGGAGAAGUGGAAACAAGUCAUCUAAUGACCAUGGCCAGAGUCAGAGCAAGCUGCAGCACGUGGGAAAGGAGAACCCCAAGGCUGGCAAAAACGGAGUGGAGAGAAGAUCAAGCAGAUGUAGCGGUGCUUCGGGCUUCGAGGGUCAGAGUCGCUAUGUGCCUUCCUCGGGGAUGUCUGCCAAGGAGCUCUGUGAGAACGAUGACCUAGCAACUAGCUUGGUUCUUGAUCCCUAUUUAGGUUUUCAGACACACAAAAUGAAUACUAGGUUCCGGCCCAUCAAAGGACGGCAGGAAGAGCUCAAGGAGGUGAUCGAACGCUUUAAGAAAGAUGAGCACUUAGACAAAGCCUUCAAGUCCUUGACGUCAGGUGACUGGGCCCGGCACUAUUUUCUUAACAAGAACAAAAUGCAGGAAAGGUUGUUCAAGGAACAUGUCUUUAUUUACCUGCGGAUGUUUGCAACCGACAGCGGCUUCGAGAUCCUGCCCUGCAACCGCUACUCCUCGGAGCAGAACGGGGCCAAGAUUGUUGCAACAAAGGAGUGGAAGCGGAACGAUAAAAUCGAGUUACUGGUGGGCUGCAUUGCUGAGCUGUCAGAAAUGGAGGAGAACAUGCUGCUGAGGCAUGGGGAGAAUGACUUCAGUGUCAUGUAUUCCACCAGGAAAAACUGUGCCCAGCUCUGGCUUGGUCCUGCUGCCUUUAUCAAUCAUGAUUGCAGACCUAACUGUAAGUUUGUGUCCACGGGCAGAGACACAGCCUGUGUGAAAGCUCUGCGGGACAUCGAGCCUGGCGAAGAGAUCUCCUGCUACUACGGGGACGGCUUCUUCGGGGAGAACAACGAGUACUGCGAGUGUUACACCUGUGAAAGACGUGGAACUGGUGCUUUUAAAUCAAGAGUGGGAUUGCCAGCACCUACUCCUGUGAUUAACAGUAAAUAUGGACUGAGAGAAACAGAUAAAAGAUUGAACAGGCUGAAAAAGCUGGGUGACAGCAGCAAGAACUCGGACAGCCAGUCCGUCAGCUCCAACACCGACGCAGACACCGCUCAGGAAAAAGCUAAUGCAACUAACAGGAAAUCUUCAAUUGGCAUCAAGAAGAACAGCAAAAGCAGGACACUGACGACGAGACAGUCGAUAGCCAGAAUGCCAGCAGCAGCCAAUUCUACCUCAGCUAAACUAACUCACCUAAACAAUUCCAGGGUACCAAAGAGACUGCGCAAGCCUGCAAAGCCUUUACUUUCCAAGAUCAAGUUGAGAAACCAGUGCAAAAGGCCGGAGCAGAAGAGCGCUUCCAGAAAGCUGGAGAUGGGAAACUUGGUUCUCAAAGAGCCUAAAGUGGUUUUGUACAAAAACCUGCCCCUGAAGAAGGAGAAGGAGGCAGAGGGACCAGUCCGAGCUGCGGCCUCCGGCGGGUGCCUGACGAGGCACGCGGCGAGAGAACACAAACUGAACUCUCUGAAAGGUGCUCACGAGCAUAGGGACAUCCCUCCCUGCACAUACAUCACCAGGAGGUCGGUGAGAACCAGGCUGAGCUUGAAGGAGACCUCUGACCUAAAGCUUGAACCAAAUACCUUGGAUGGCUACAAGAGUAACUUGAGCAGGACGCAGGCGGACGGCGAGGAGCAGCAGGCUCGCGUCGGCAGCGACGGCGACUGUGGACCAGCGCAGAAAGGGGAGGGCAGGUGCCAGAAAAGCGAGGCAGGCGUGUCCAGGAAGAAAUCUCGGCCGGGCAAGCUGGUGAAGGGCCCUGCAAAGGCAGAGCAGGCUGACGCUAUGCACAACGCCCCCGGGAAAGACGACGUCCCAGACCUGAUCGGCUCCCGCGUGGAGCCGGCAGAGAGGACCCAGGCGGCGGAGGCGCCGGUGGCAGGCUACAAGGACUGCGUCCCUGCCCCCGGGGGCUGCUCCCUGGUGCCAUCCGACAGCUUCAAGGCGAAGGAGAGCUUUAGAACUGCCAAAAGCAAAAAGAAAAGGCGGAUCACCAGGUAUGACGCACAGCUCAUCCUGGAGAACAGCUCCGGCAUCCCCAAGCUGACGCUGCGCCGGCGCCACGACAGCAGCAGCAGGGCCACCGAGCAGGAGAGCGACGGCAUGAGCUCCUCCAAAAUAAGCAUCAAGCUGAGCAAAGACCACGAGAAGGACAACAAUUUAUAUGUAGCAAAGCUAAACAACGGCUUCAACUCAGGAUCAGGCAACAGCUCAACUAAACUCAAAAUCCAGCUCAAGAGGGAGGAGGAGAACCGAGGGCCCUACCCCGAGGACCUCCACGAGAACGGAGUCUGCUGCAGCGAAACCCUCUCCCUUCUGGAGUCCAGGAUGGAGGUGGAUGAUUACGGUCACUAUGAAGAGGAAACGGCGGAUGAGUCUUCGUCAGAGGAGGAUGAUGAGGAGGAAGAUGAUUACGAUGACGAAUUUGAUGACUUUAUCCCUCUUCCUCCAGCGAAGAGACUAAGGCUCAUCGUCGGCAAGGAUUCCAUAGACAUCGACAUUUCCUCCAGGAGGAGAGAAGAUCAGUCUCUGAGGCUCAAUGCGUAGGCUUCUGUAGGGGUCUCUGACCCGGCCUGGAUGCCAUUUUAAAACAGCCAACAGGAACGAGAAAUUGCAAUGAAAUGAAGCAAGCAAACAAUCCCAGCAGCAUAGCCCCAGCCCCGGCAGAAGCUCCUCUGGAUGAUUCCUCUCCGCUGAAGAACUUCCCCGAGUCCCUCCUCGGCAGCACUUGGUCGUGUUUGUUUUAUUCGCCUCUUGGGAGUGACCUUGUAGAAAGUGUACAGCCUCCGACGUUCUUCUGAACAAAAAGUCUGAUUUGUGCAGAUUUUUAUUGUACUUUUUAAUAGCCCCUUCCUAAUGUGCAAUCCUGGAGUUUAGAGGUAAAAAAGAAUUAAAAAAAAAAUA